GUCGUCCAGGAUGCCCUGGAUGAGGCUCAACGUGGUCGUACAUGUUUAGUGAUAGCGCAUCGACUGUCCACAAUCCAGAAUGCUCAUUUAAUUGUCGUUCUGAAAGAGGGACGAGUCGUCGAAUCGGGUACUCACACACAACUGCUCGCCCGAAAGGGACUCUACUUCAGACUCAUCCAAAACCAAAAACUGCACUGA